UUUGUGCCGCGAAAUUAAUCGUCAGAUUACUGUACUGCAACGUACGAGUACGACGUCUGCACGCCACACUGUCAGUGUCAAGUUUGACAACUGUCUGACUAAAAAGUAAUACAACCUAAUGAAAGAACAAAAUGUCUUCAAAAAGUAGGAGGAACAUACGAAGUUCACAUGAGUCUGCUGGGAGGAAUCGCAGUCGAAAUGAUUCAACGAUGGUAAAUGGAGUCACCAGCAGUGGGCAGCCGACUGCUGAAAACGCAAAGGGUUAUGUGGAAGGAUCGAUUGUGCGAAUUCUGAUGGAAAAUUUUGUCACCUAUGAUCAAUGUGAGUUUCGACCAGGACCUCAUCUGAAUGUUAUCAUGGGGCCUAAUGGAACCGGUAAAUCCACAGUAGUGUGUGCCAUGUGUCUAGGACUGGCAGGAAAUACAAGCUUACUCGGAAGAGCAAAGGAGGUGGGGGAGUUUGUAAAGCAUGGCAGUAACAAAGCAGUCAUUGAGCUGGAGAUUUACAAAUCGCCUAAGAAUGUCACCAUACGACGUGAAAUAAUCAAACAAGGGAAUAAGACGUCUUGGUCUCUGAACGGGAAUCGCUGUACUAUGAGUGAUGUCAAAGAGAAAGUGAAGAGUCUUAAUAUUCAGAUUGGUAAUCUGUGUCAGUUUCUGCCACAGGACAAAGUUGUGGAGUUUGCCAAUAUGACGAACAUUGAGUUGCUGGAAAACACUGAAAAAGCCGUUGGCUCUCCUGAUUUGUUUGAAAACCACUGUCGACUCAAGAACUUCCACAAGGAACAAAAGGAGCUUCUUCUGAAACAGAAAGAGGAGUCUGACCAUCUUGACAAACUGAAGCAGAAGAAUAACCGUCUUGAAGCAGAUGUCAAACGUUACCAAGAGAGACAACAUCACUUGGAGGUCAUAGAAACACUCGAGAAGAAGAAAGCCUGGGUGGAGUAUGACAUCAAACGUAUGCUCUACCUAGAAUACAAAGAGAGACAAGAAUCACUGAAGAAGGAGCUGAAAGAAGCCCAUGCUUUAAACUCACCUAUUCAAAGUCAACUGGAUAAUUUUGCAGAAAGACUUCAUGAAGUGGACAUAGUCAUUAAGGAAAAGACAAACGCAGGACGACUUUUGGCCAACUCAGCCAAUAGGAAACAUGAAAAGAUUGGUGACUUCUCCAAUGAUUUGACAGAGAUUCAAGAUGAGUUAAAAUCCAAGCAGCAAGAAGAAGAAAAGAGGGCCAAAAAGAUUCGUGAUUAUGAGAAACUAGUGGAUGGAUGGAACAGAGAAUUGGAAGGAAUGCCACCAGCAGAUGACAUCAAGCCUCAGCUUGAUGAGAAUUCGAAGGCAUUGCGAGGUGUUGUACGAGAAGUCAAUGCCAUUGAUACUGAGUAUAACGCUAUCAAAAGUGAGCGUGAAAGUCUACAAAGAGACAAGAGAGAUUGUGAGACACGGUUGAGAAAACUAAAUGAUCAGAAAGACAUGAGACUCAAAGAGCUUCAGAAACGCUACCGAGAUACAUACAAUGCUGUGGAGUGGCUGCGAUCCAACCAAGACAAGUUCAAACAUACUAUACACGAACCUGUGGCUUUGGUUAUCAAUGUGAAGAAUAAGGAGCAUGCUAAGUACAUAGAGAAGGCUAUACCUCUUAAUGACAUGUUGGCAUUCGUAUGCGAGGAUGCUGAUGAUAUGGAGAUAUUUGUCAAUCUGGUACGAGACAGACAAAACCUAAAAAUCAAUGUUGUGAAGAGUCCAGCCGAGCCACUAGCUAAUUUCAGACCGCAACGACCAAUUGAUGACAUCAAACGUUGGGGAUUUAAUUACUACCUAAGAGAGCUCCUUGAGGCCCCAGAAGCUGUCAUGGUGUAUCUGUGUAAGAUGCACAAACUUCACAACCUCCCUCUUGGUAGUAGAGUCACUCAAGAAAACAUCGAUAAGGUUGUGAAUGAGUCCAACGUGACUCGGUUCUACACACCAGACUACCAUUAUAGUGUCAAACGCUCACGGUAUGGUAACCAUACUCGCUCUACUGAUAGUAACUAUAUACAAGACGCCAGACUACUCAACAUCACCGUCGACAUGAGUGCAAAGAGAGAACUUGAACAGGGCAUACAGGAGAUUGAGAUUCAACUAGGCACUGGUAAGCAGAGAUACACUGAGCUACAACGACAGAGACAAACCCUAAUGACUGCAGAUAAUGAACUCAAAGAACAAAAGAAAGAUUUAUUACGUAGAAGAGAUAGACAUAAGACCAUUCAUCAGUGUAUUGCAGCCAAGAAAGAAGCGAUACAAAAGUGUCAAACCUCUGCAUUGGAUCUAGAGGUGGAAGCAACUAAGGCAAAGGAGAAGAUUAGACAAAUCAAUGAAAAGAAAAUCAAAUUGGUUAAGGAGUUCGGACAGAAUGUUAAGGAUUGUAUUGAGAAGACUAAAGAGAAGGUUGAGUUAAGUAUGGCAUACGCUCUGGUAGUCAAUCAGAAAACACACAUAGAAGCAACUCAGAGAGAAGCAACUGCUAAUCUACAGAGACUAGAGAAUGAGAAGCUGCAAAACAUGAAUAAUGUAAAGGAAACUAAAGAUAAAGCAAGACAACUCAUCAAAAAAGCUCAAGAUCUCACUGGAUCUGAACAACCAUCCGAAGAACUCCGAGAUGCUUUUGGGACCUGUCCAGAUAACAUUGAUGAGAUUGAUCAGAGAAUUCAUCAUGUCCGAGCUCAAGCUGACUGCCUCUAUGAAACUGAUCAGAGGGUGGUGCAGGAAUAUGAACAGCGUGGAACAGAAAUACAUCGCCUUGAUAAAAAGAUGGAGAAAAGUAAAGAGUGGAUUGAGAGACAACAAGCUGAGAUCGAUAAUGUUGCGCAGAUGUGGAAAGAAGAACUAAACAGACUCAUCUCGGAGGUCAGCCAGAAAUUUUCAAACUUCUUUGAAGCAAUGGGCUGUGCUGGAGAAGUCAAACUUCAAUUUGAAAAUGAGGAGGACUAUGACAAAUAUGGGAUAAGCAUCCAAGUGAAAUUCCGCAAGGCAGAACAAAUGAGAGAAUUGACUUCUCACUACCAGAGUGGUGGUGAACGUAGUGUAUCUACAAUCCUGUACCUGAUGGCAUUACAGGAACUCAACAAAUGUCCAUUUAGAGUAGUGGAUGAGAUCAAUCAGGGUAUGGAUCCAAAUAAUGAACGUCGUGUUUUUGAGCUUGUGGUCAAAACUGCCUGCAGAGAAAACACCUCGCAGUACUUUCUGAUCACUCCAAAGCUACUUUUGAACCUAACUUAUGGACCGAAAAUGACCGUCAUUUGUGUCUAUAAUGGCCACUGGAUAAUGCCAUACAGUCAUUGGAAUGUAGAUGCAUUCUGUAGAAGACGUCGUCGCUUGAUUGUACAGUAAAACAGUCAACUGGGUGCCAUUGGAUAAUGCCAUACAGUCAUUGGAAUGUAGAUGCAUUCUGUAGAAGACGUCGUCGCUUGAUUGUACAGUAAAACAGUCAACUGUGUGCCAUUGGAUAAUGCCAUACAGUCAUUGGAAUGUAGAUGUAUUCUGUAGAAGACGUCGUCGCUUGAUUGUACAGUAAAACAGUCAACUGGGUGCCAUUGGAUAUUGCCAUACAGCCUGUUGAAUCAAGAAGCGUUUUGUAGGAGACGUCAUGGUUGUGGCUUAAUUGAUUCUUUUUGGGGCAUCUUGGCCAUUUCAUACAGUUCUCAUAAAUGGCAGUUGUUUGUACAGUGUAAAGCCCCCUAAAGUUUGGUCUAUUGGAAGGAGUUGCUGAAAGUACAGACAAUCAUAAAGUGCCACACAUUGAUAUUGUCCAGUGGAUUUUCUCUUAUAGUGAUCAGGUUAAUGUCAAAUCAGAAAUUUUAAAUCAGCUUAAAGAAACUGGACACAUUUGGUAAUAUUGUCAGAGAUAGGCCCUAUUCCCACUUGGUGCAUCCCAACAUAAGGCAAAAGAAAUAAUGUUGGACUGCCCUUUCACCUGAUUUUUUCGCUUGGGUCGGUCGGUCGGGAUUUAUUUUUAUUUUUUUAAAUGUCAAAGGAUGCCAGAAAACUGCAUAAACAUUUCAUGAAAGAUCUAGUUAAUGAUCAUCUUAUACAUCUUGUUCAAGCGCUCUUUUUGUGUCUUUAUUUUGGCAAAUUCCGUCAAAAAUAACUUGCAAGAGUCAUUUCACUCACCAUGUUUUAUAAUAUUAUAUGAGUAAUACAAAACAUGUCUAGUGCCUUUAAAAAAACAGUACAAGUGAUUAUUCCUGCCGGCUGCAUCAAAAUUGUGAUUUGGGUUUUGAUUCGUGAUCAGCACUGCCUGUCACUUAAAAUUUGAACUUUAAACCGUUUUAUAAAAUUAUAAAGUAUUGUGGUACUGAAAGAAAAGCAACUUGUUUAUAUCGUGUAAAACGUGAUUAUUUUGUGGUAAGCUUUAUACAUGUACAUUUUUCACUUCACAUUUCUUUACAUUUUUUGGAUGUUAUCUUGUUAUUUGUUGAUAAUCAUGUUUUCUUAGUUCGAUCUUUACAAUGAUUAAUUUGGGGUGUGAAUAAAUAAAUAGACAAACUGUUGUAAGGGUAUUUCAAAUCAUAGAGGUAGAAAUACACUGAGACACAUGUUAAGACCACAACUCAUUCGUACCAAUGCUGUACAAAUGGAACCAUCAGGGCCCAAUUUCAUGGCUCUGCUUAUCGUAAGCAUAGCAUCGGCGCUUACGGCAGCAGGGAAUUCUGUGCUUACGGCAAGCGUAUUUCACGGGUUAGCAGCGACUUUUGGCUUGUGUGCGUGCGUACUCCAUGUUACUAGGCAUUCUACGCUUACAAGGAUAAGCAGAGCCUUGAAAUUGGGCCCUGCUGGUACUACCAGAGUCUCAAUCAGAGAUGGCUUUCCACACUGAAACCAUUCAUUACUGGAGUGAGUUCUAUUAAACUUGCAUUAAUCAUGUAAUAUUAUAUUUGUCAGGAUUUUCAAAAGGCACCUCACGUCUCCUGUGUAUGAAGACCGAGCCAAGCUGUAGAAGUGUCUUUUGUUUUCAUAGGUGUGAUUAAUACUGAAUUGGCCCACCAUGGACCAGAACAAUUGUAUGCAAAGAACUGUUUAUACUUCAUAUCUUUGUCUGAACAGGGCCCAAUUUCAUAGAGCUGCUAAGCACACAAAUUUGCUUAGCAUUAAAUGUCUUCCUUGAUAAAAACA